AUGUACAAAUAUUUCCGUCUUUCUGCUCAUCCGAUGCAGAUAAGUAACUCUACGAUAGUAAACAACAAGUCCUCUCUCGCUCUUUUCGUCUCUUUUUUGUCUUCCUGUCAAUUUUUGUUAAUAUUGAUACAUUUCAGGUAAAUUUUCGAUUCGGAAAACCAACAAAACAAUCGAUUUUGACUCUUCGCGUAUCUGGCAACCCGCCAAACCAAGUGCCUUUGCUAAAACCGUGGGUUUCUAAGAGAAAAACAUUUGAAAUUAUGGAGAAAUUAUUUUCAGGAAACUGAAGAAAUCAAUCGAAGUUGAAACUGUCGAGGAAACAAUUAUUAUCUAAAAGUGAGUUUUCUUUUGUUUUUUCGUGGACUGAUUAGUUUAUUAGACUUUUACCUGGACUCUCCUUUCUCUUUGCCCAUGACGAUAUUGAGAUGGGUCUCCAGAUAGGUGCAUUUCGAGUGUAACUCCGAUCCGGUCGACUCAUCACAAUGUCGUCGGCGGCAGCAUCUCAAAAUGUACUUAUCUGCCGAUCCUUUCAGGUAGAUGCUCUCUUUCACUCGCACCUUCGCUCGCUCCCUCCUUCUCCGACAGUCUUCUUCCAACGGCAGAAGCCAGAGCUCUGCAGCAACCGAAGAGCAGCAUGCUUCGUUCGAAAAUCUGAAGCCGUCGCGUCAAUUUGUGAAAGAACUUGGCAAAGAAGAGCAGAAGAAGUACGAAAAGGCACUAUCGGAGUUCGAAGUUUUCGUGUACAUGGGAAAGUACGUUCCACAACAAAUGAGCGAUGAAGAAUGGAAGAAGACGAUAGAAUGUGAAUCUAUGAACGAUAAAGUUUCUUACUGGGAGUAUCUGGCCUUAACAGCAAGACGACAAUCACGAAGAGAAAAGAGUCAAAGCAUGAGAACGACGCUGUAUAAAGAGUGGCUGCUGGAGCAGCAGAAGAAUUUUGAGGCCGGCGGAAUGGGAUAUGGUCCAGACAUGCAUCAGCUGAUUCCCAAUCCAUUGAGGAAUCAGAAAAGAGUGAAUCAAUGCGAAGCGGCACGCGUUCUGGCAAGUAUGAACUCUGGAGUGCCUCGUGUCGCUCUCGAUCUUCAGUAUAUCCAAGAGAUGCAUCGUCGCGAAUCCGCUGAGCUUGGAAACCAGAUGCAAUACGUCAUCAGUGAGAAUUUUGCAUCAAAAACUCCGCUUGUGCUCGACUUUGUCAAUGCUCCAUCAGUGGAAUUCUCGGAGCAAUGGUUGGCCAAAAGUGUUGGAUAUUACACAAGUUCCUACGUUAAUCAGACGAUUCUGCCGGAUUUCUCCACAAAGGGUUCGUGAAACGGAAUUUAUUGAUCUUGGAGUUGACUGUUUGAGGAGAGAAGUCCCCGUUUAGAAACCGUAACAACGAUUCCGUGUUCCCAGCAGAGUUGAGCGGAAUUCCACCUUCCGCUUUCCGCUGCUUUUUUCAUUUCGCCUCCGCUUUCCGCCUUGCGCCAAAAAAUUUUUAUUACGCCUCCGCUUUCCGCCUUUUCAAAAAAUCGAUUCCGCUCAACUCUGGUUCCCAGCCUCCCAAAUUUAUGCACCAUAAAAUAAGUAAAACGAAGUCUCUCAAACAUCAAUUCCGAGAUCGAUAAACCAACGCAGAAAAGGAACCAUAAAAGACGAAAGUGUUAUGUGAUGUUUUAAGGGAUCAAAGAGUUCUACGGAGACGAGCCGAACAAGAUAUACUUGUCUCCGAACGCCCGUGACGUUCUUGACGGACCGCUCACAGCCGACGUCAUCGGCGUCUGCGUCUCGAUGGGUCGGAAGCGUGAGGCACUAAGCGCCGCCCGUCGAGCCAACGUGCGCGUCUAUCGAUUGCCCAUUCACCGCUAUGUGAAAUGGAAGUCGGGUCCACAGUUUCUGCCGUUCCCGAACUUGAUGAACGUGCUGCGUGAGGUGUAUGCAAGCGGUGGAGAUUGGAGCACGGCUUUGCACAAUAACAUCAGCAGGCGACAUCUUGUCGACCCGAAUGAAGACGAAACGAAAAGAAACAUGACGUUGAGAAGAAAGGCGCGAGAGGAGGAGCGGAGGGAGCUGAUUGAGAUGAUUAUCAGUGCUACGCAGGGUUAGAAAAGGAAUGAGAGAAGGCCGGAGAGGUUGUUCGUCGGCUUACUGAAAAUGAAAUGACGUGGCUUUGUUGAUUCGAAUGCAGAUUCUGUCUAUUACUACUCAUGUGUCUGUCUCUGUCGUUCUGCGCACCAAUUAUUGCGUACUUCUGGCUUUGUGAACACAAGCACGAGAAGCAGAAAUACGACAAUUUUUGGGCCCACACCCUCCUCAUUUUCGAGCCUUCUUUUGAACUAUUUCAUCCGCCUUUGAGCCUCUCUCAUUGGGCGGAAUGAUAAUGAGCUGAUGAGCAAUUCAUCCGGCCUUCAAUUUCCUUACUUCCUGCAUUAUUUUAGGAUCCUUUAUUUAUUCCCGACUAACUAGACCGUAGUAGUACUAGAGAUUUUCUAUUGUUUGAUCUCUAUUUAUCCUUUUUUUUCAACUGCCCACAUACCGUUUCGAUCGGUUUCGGUGGGCGCCACGACCUGUUUAAUAUUAAUUGCUAUCCAUUUUUUCCCGUCCGUUCAUCUCACCGCUAAUUUCCCCGUUGUUUUUGCUCUUCUCCUUUUAUAAAUUGUUUUUUUUUUCGCGAAGAACUGGAACGUAGCCAAGCGAAGCGCUGGAUUUUCAGACAGUUGUUAGAGCUGUUUUCGUAUCUGAAAUUAGUUUUUGUUCUUCAAGUAAAUGGAGGGGUCAAUGCAAAAUUGUUGUCGCCGCCACCAUCGAGACCACCGUUGCCUUAUUUGGUGUUUCUUCUUUUUUAUAAUGAUGUUUUUAUGCGAACAUUUCCACCAGCUGUUAAUUGAACAUUUUCAAUGCAUAACGAGUCGAUGAGAGGCUUCUCAGCCGGAUUAGCCCUCAAAGUAAGAAACGCGUCAAUUGAAGAAAGAUCUGAUAAUGACGUAGAAAUUCAAGAGCGGAAAAUAGAUGAGAAAUGACCUAAAAAUAAAGCGAGCGAUCUCUGGACACCCACUAGAGGGAUGAAAACACGCAAGCGUUGAGUGGAAGCUCCUCCCUGUGUCGCCGGCUUCUGCGACGUCUUCUUCUUCAGCUGACUGCCUUUUCCGGCGGCGUUUUUCAACAUUCAUCCAUGCGAUUCUAUCCUUUCCUUUUACGGACUGCCCACUCACUCUGCCUCUGCUCUCCGCCCUUCUGGAGCAGUGUUGAAUGGGCGCUGGCCAUUAGACUGACGUCAUCUGGUCAUGUUGUCGAGGGACGGAAGCAACGGAAUGCACGCGUGCUCCCGGUCUCCCAAGCUCCUCUCUCUUUCGUCCUCCCUGCGCCGGGAAUAGGUCCGAAUCGUGGGGAGCCAUCUCUGUUUCGCGUGGCGCCUCCGACCAUCGCGGCAGAUUUAUGAAUAAUUUAUAUGAGAAGAAGCACGAGGCGUCGGAGGUAUCCUGUUGGCUGCUCUGUCCACCCGCGCCAUCCUAACUUCUCUCAAUUGUUUGCGUGCUUAUUUUCGGGCGACGACGACCGGAAAGCUCUGAAAAUAUCCCUUUCCGUUUUCCCUCCUUCCUUGCUCUAUUUGUGAUAGUCAUGAGGUCGGCUCGAAUUAGACCCCUUUCAACUCCACACUGCGGUUUAUUGGCUUAGAAGGUAGUUGGUCGAGAAAUUUUCUGCUUAUUGACCCAAUAAAUGAAAAAAAGAGAGAGAGUGCAUGAAACUGCAGUAUUCAGCUACUUCUAGCCCAAAGGGCUCAGAUGCCCGGGCCGCCGCUGCAGAUCUGUGGUUUGAUGCUUUUGUUGUGCGCUGUUUCUGGAAAAAUCCACGCGAAGUCACAUUUUUCGCUGUUGCUGCGCCAUAAAAUUUUCACCUGUCAGCCAACUAUCCAGCGCUCUGCUUUUUUCUCGGAAAUUUCGCUUUCCCUCUUUCUCCUUUUUCAUCUCGACUGGGCCGGUGAAUAUUAAUUUCUUCUCCGGUAGAGUUUUACGAGUUUUGAGCGCGGAAGAGUGACGGUCUCUUCUUGCAGCACUCUCUCCCUCUCUUCAACUAUGCCCCUGGGUAUUUUAUAUUAGUUUUCUCACCCACUUUCUCAUCGUCUUCAUCACUUUGGCGCCGACGCCACACGUGACGGCUCCCCCCUCGUUUUCAGAUCACGAGAGAAGAGGAUAUCAAUAGAGGAGAGCAUCCUUUUGGAGCUCUGCUGAUUUUGGGGGAUUGUUGUGUGCUCAUCCUUUGCCUCUUUUGUUUGAAUUGCAUUCUUCUUCUUUGCCUUCCUCUUUUUCUGGAAACGACAACGUCGACGUCGACGACAACACACACACAAUCUCACGCAUACAUAGAAGCACAUACAGCCAUGUCAGAAAUUGCAAUUAAGCGGAGCCUGCUUGUUCUUUUCCUCCUCCGCCUUUUUCGUAUUCGUUUUUUUUGCCGUAUUCCACAUGCCGAAAUCGCGUUAUCUUUACGGAGAAUGUGAUGUGUUUGUCAGAAUUAGACGUAGAAUUCAUCCGAGAUUAUCUCUCGCCGAACCGCUGUUUCCAACUCAAUCCUUCGGACCGAUCCGAAUUUGAGCUGAAAUGCGAUCUACUCGUGAACUGGAGAUUUAGAGAGAGAGAGAGUGCAUAUAUAAAAAAAGAAACUCCGCCUUCUGCAACUAUUCAAAAGAACAUUCGGUGUGCGUUGCAGAUGAAGAGCUCGCCACACCGCACUUUGCUAUAGAAACGAGUCCUCUCCGUCAGAAUGUGACAGGCUUCCGUGACUCCUAAAUGACGAAUCGAGCUCUCGAAUUUCGUGAGCCUUCUCUCCCUCCCCCCUUCCGUCUCCUCGUUUUUCAUCUGUUUUGAGCGGACCCCUCAUUAAAAGGGUAGAUGAUAACUACAUGGACGAGGCGGAGCGCGAUCCAGAACAAAUGAGCUGUGUCCUUUCUAUUGCUCGGCGUCUUUUCUGUUUUGAAGGCCCUUUUGUUGUGCUUGUAUGUGUUUUGGCUCACGUCAUUCCAAGAAAAAGGGAUGGAGCGGAAUGAUUCUCAUCCGAUUCGGAAUCGCCGACGCUUCUUUGAUCGAGAGAAUAAUUGAAUCUGAUAUGUUUCUCGAGUGCAUUCUGCCGAACAUUAUCGAGUUUUCGUCGCCCUCGCUUCUCCUCCUCCUCUUUUUUUGCCAUCCUAUUCCCAUAGCCUUUUCUGUCGAGUUUCCGCUCCAACUCGUGUUCCUUUAUACUAUUUCUCCGUUUUUUCCUGAAACUGACGUCGUCAUCGUCGUCAUCAUCGUGGCCGUUGUCUAUUUUUUUGGAUUGAACCCUUCAUCUUCCCCUUCGUUUCUUUUUUGUAAAAAGAACGUUUUGACGACGUGAAUGGCGAAGGUUGACUUUGAAUGAAUGGCGAGAUGGGGCCACCACUACUCUUUCUGUUUUUGACAGGGUGCCCAUUUAGUACGAAUCGAAUUUGAUGGGUCCAGAGCAUACAUCAGAGAAAGAGACGAAUUAGUCGAAAGGAUACGGACAGUCAGACGGAGGCGGGCACUUCACGGGCCUCUUUUGCAUGAAAAACGAGCCACUGGCGUCGAGGAGCUCUCGAAAGCCAUUCUCCUCUUCUCGUUCCGACCCACGUCAGACUAAUCCCGAUGUGGAAUGGAUUUUCAGUUGGCUUUGAGCAGAAAAAACCUGGCAGAUGAAAGAUUCCAUCGAACAAAGGUAGUUUCGAAAGCAGGUGUGCGUGGAUUAGUCUCCGGAAGACUAUUGGAAAUUGAAAGAUAGAGUAGCUAACAGAAUAGCAUGGCAGCAGCAUCUAUUUAUCAUCUUCUUUGAGCACUCUGACGAUAGUUUUUCGCUACUUUUCAGGCCCACGCCAUUAUUGUCGGGGGAUUUAGUAUAACAAGAGUACCUAGUAGCUUCUGACCGGUUGUUUUCUUCCGAGAACCCCGGUGCCUCUCGAGAAUUACUAAUUCGUGUCCUUCGUUUUGUUCUCCACCCCUCUUCGUCAGUUGGUUUUUUCGUUCCAAGUCAAUUACAAUUAGUCGAAGCUGGAAAGACUGGAAAGCUACGAGAGAUGCUCGUCAUUCGAGGCGUGUACAUCUGAGAGGCCUCCUCGCGCGGGCAUGUCCUCUCCGCAAUAUCUUUUUUCGGGCUGCUAAUGAAUUGAAAAUGAAUCCAAUUGGCGCCACGCCCACAUUCAUGUGAUGCCUCUGCUGCUUCUGCCGUGCUCUACAAAUGAGAGAAGAGCCUUCCUUCCUCUCCCCUUCCGUCUAUUUUUUAUGCUCGUGUCGGAACCGCUCUGGUGGCUGCCCGACGACUUUCCAUGACAUACUCUCAGUUUCAUUCCGUCUCAAAAAUCAGCAACACAUUUCUCGGGUUUCUAUCGUUUUUCAUCCAUUUGCUUCUUCCAAUGUUAAUUGUUCCUGACCAUCCAUUGCCAAAAAAAAUGUGGUAGACGCUCUCUUUUUCGCUCGCGCCGAAUUUUGUUUUCGAUUCGUUUUUAUUUUCUUCUGACUGGUUGGAAUUAUUGAAGCGGUCCAAAAUUUGGAUAUGUAAAACGGACUUCAAAUGCUUCUCUACGAGCCAUUUUUCUCUCGUUGCUUCUGAGCUCUUCCGUUUUCCGAACAAUGAUCAUUGAUAUUACUGUAGCAGCCAACUCAAUUUGCACCGAUCUGCUCGCUUUCAUCCAUUCAUUCAUUCCAUUCAUCAUCUUAUUUGCGCUAGUGUGUGCCACAUUCCCUGAUCGUCCUUCUGGAAUUGUCGUCUUUUCUCUAAAAAUCGCAUAUUUUCGUGGUCGGUCUCCAGGCUGCCGGCCGUGCUCAGCUGGCUGAUUAGACAUGUUUUUUGCUGCUCUGCUGCUUUUUCGUUCUUCCUGUGCGACUCUGUCGUUUCGUCACAGAAAGUUUAUGUUCAUUAGCCGGAAAUGAUCUGCAUAGUAGCACUGUUAUAUUUUUGGUAGAAUCAAUGUGCAAACGGGGCUUAGUUUGCGGCUGAAAGGCUUCCUGACUGCCCAAUGCCGGAUUGUGUGCUCCAUUCCAUCCAUUGGAAUGGAGACCUAAAUGUAGUCUUUCUCUUUUUCUCCCCCUCAUAAUGGCCAAGUUAUGAUUUCUCUUCCGGUUUCGACGUCCGUCCGUCCCGUCACUCUAUUUUGUAUGUGAGCAGAGAAAAAUGAGAGAAAGAGCUCUGACGACUGCGGUCUGCGUCUCCUGGAUUCGCUCUUUUGGAGUUGUAGGCGUUUUCCGUGUGUGUGCCGCCUCCUCCACUUGUUAACCUUGACUCGUUUUUGCGUGCUUCCUUUUCCGUCUUUCUCAUCAUUAUCUCCUUCAAAGUCUUUUACGUCUUCUUCACUAUCUUUUAGACGUUGAGCUCGUUUUGGUCUGACUCCCCCCAAGUCCGGCGUUGAUAUUUCAUCCUUUCGAAUUUUUGUUCAUGCAAAAGGAAAUUGGUCCACAAGUUGACCCUUGUUCCUGAUGAUGUCAUUUGUUAUACUUGGAAUACUUGCAAAGUUCGCGCGCAUCCUCCCCCUUCGUCCCUUUUUCUCUUCCGCCUAUUAUUACCCCCUCAUUUACGGCUCCUGACUUCCAGCACAAUCUAUUUACGGCUUCUUCUCCCUCCUUUCACGGUCAGCGUUUGACAUUUUUGUGUUGUCGAUGUCGGUCAGCAGCUGUCACACAUCAUGUCACUGGAAAUAUACUCAAUUACACAUAUUACCUUCUACUUUCGCUCUGUCCCUCCACCCGCUUUCUCGCAGUCCAUAUUGAGUCCCAGAGCAGCACUUUCAGCUCGUUUGGCAACCCAUUCAAUUGUCCUCGUUUGUUUUUUCUUGUUCAUGUUUUCCCCACAAACGGAUAGUAGUCUUUGCACUUAUUCUAAAAUUAACCAUCCAUUUCUGGCGCCCCUCUCGAUUGCUAAUCCGAUCCUUUUCUUGUCACACUGAUCCAUUCUCUCCAUUCUUCGUGCCUUCUCAUGAACAAUGAACAUUGCUCACUAACACAGAUUGUGUGCUCUUCGACAAAUCGUCCCCGAUCCACGUGGUGUGCUCCACGUGCCCGUUGCCCGUAACUCACCAUUCCGUCACCGACUGCUUCUGCGUUUGCGGCGGCGGCGACGGCGGAUGCUGCGAGAGCCGUAGACUCGUCGUCGCCAUCUUCCUCCUCUUAUGAUAUUUACGUCGAUCCGCACUCGUCUGAACCGUACUCGUAUUCUUAUGUCGCUUGUGAUGCCAUCACCCGUCAUCUCAUCGGAAUCCUCAUGUCCAUCUCUGAUUGGAGCAGCGGUCUUGCCACUCAUCUUUCCAGUGCGGAACGAAAAGAGCAAUGUCUUCUCUUCUCAACAAUCUACGAAGAGUGAGUAUUCGUAUCGUUAUGUGGUUCGUUUCUUUCUCUCUCGUGUCGUGGCCAGGACUUCAUCAAUCUUGCCCUCGUUGAGAAGUUGCCUAGACAACCCAUUUCGCAACAAGCCGUGCCACGUCACAGAGAUAUUAAUAUGUCUACUGUCUUUUCAUCCUGUCUUUCUGGGGCCAACGUGUCAUUCUAAUCUGUAAAACCUCGACUACAGUUCAGUUUCAUUCUGUUUAGUUAUUCAGUUUGCUUUCUAUUUUCUCUAUUCUUUUUGUUCGUCCAUGUGAUUUGGAUUUGAUGCCGAUGCAUGGAAGAUGAAAGAUCUUUCCACUUGUUUUCUGCGCCCUCCCAACACCCGAUCCUUCAUAAUAUAAAACGGAAAUGAAGAAUUUGGUGAUGUCAGCUGGUGUGUGUGUGCGGGCCCACGACCAUUUUGGUGCUCUGCUCUCUUUUCCCCGAAAAAAAUACGAAUGCAUGAAUCAGGGGCGGUCGGUUGGAAAGCGGAAAUGAAGAAGGAAGUGGCACUGAGUCACAGCGUGGACGUUUAUCAUUAAAGCGCACUUGCAGCGCACGCGCGGGAGUUCAAAAAUAAUAAAUUUUCGGCGAAAAUUGCGUUAUUCCCCGUGUAAAAAUUGAACGCCGUAAUUUUUUCGUUUUUGUCACAGGCUAUAUUGUAGCUGGGAGUUAGACGGUCAUUUUGAGCACACACAGAGCCAAAUCGGUGCAGCCGUCGUGUUUCCUUGUGCAAAACUGUGUAGCGAUGCGAAAUAAAUUUAAAAGUUUGAGGUUAUUUUGAAUUGUUUCGCAGAUUUAUUACGACAGUGACGCUUGAAUACUGUUAUAUAAUGGCUAGAGACGCUGUACGGAUGAAAAAAAUCGCAACUCAAUGCAAAUAGACCGAUUUUAAAAACCAUGAAAGAGUAGCGUGAAUUUCUGGCUGAAAUACAUGAAAAGCAGAAGUUUGUCAAUAUUAGAAGUUGUAGAGAUGAAAGAGAGCUUUAUCAAACGUAAAAAUGAUUAUGUGCGCGAUUGUUACGUCUUUUUGCCGUCAGAAAUCUGAAGUGUCGCUGAAAGUGAGCUUUGUAGGCAAACUUCCGGCCACAAGGAUCGAAUUUUAGAAUUGUAGAAGUGAGAUAACAUAGCGAAAAAAAGAAAAACUAAGAAUAUUUUUCAAUGAGCUUCAUUCAGUAAUCAAACAAAUUUAGUGUUCCGUUAAAAAAAUUUUUUUGCUGGAGAUUCCUGGUUUUUCAGUUGAAUAGUGCUUUUUUUCUAUUCGCGUGUCCGCCGCAAUCCGAUAAAAUGAUGGGGAAAAACCUGAAAUUAUUUAUCGGCGAAGAAAAUAACUGUUCUUUUUUAUUCUAACCGCUACUCCGUGCCGCUCGGCAAUUUCCACCAGCUUCGCGCCUUUCCAACUGCAGAAAUUGUCGCAACGAGUCCUGAAAAUUUAAAUUUGAGUUUUUUGCAACGAAUAUUUAACGAAAAAUUGCGUUUCGACAUGUUUUAAAAGAUAAAAACGAGAAAAAGAUUUUAAUUGCGAAACCAAAAAAUCCAAUAGUGCGCCAAGUGAGUGCAAGAUGCGCCAGCAGUCUCCUUUGGUCUCAUGUCCACGCUGUGACUCAGUGAGUGGGGACGAAAUUGGAUUCGGAGGGCGCCAAAUGUUCCCUUUUUCCUCCUCGAAAAGAAGAAUGAGCAUGUAGAGGGAGGCGGGAUCCACGUGUUGAGAACAUGAUUACCGUAUCUCUGAAAUUUCAGGAUGUCAUCGAUUGCAUCGAAACAUGCGCUGAUUAUCGCUCUCGGCGGAUUAUCAAUCGCAGCAGUUUUUGUUUGGUGGAUCCAGAAGAAUGAAAAGAAGAAGAAGGUGGAAGACGAAGCGGGAACGGCUGUAAACGGAGGAACACGAGUGCAGAACGGACACGCCGGAGUGCAGAGGUUCGUGCUGGGAGCCUAUUCAGAAAGGCUUCUGUUUACGUCAUUCGUCCAAUCAAAUGAUGUCAUUCUAAACUUUAUUGUUUUUCAGCUUGAACCAAGCACAGACAGAAGACGAAAAUGAAAAGGAGAACACAGUUCAGGUGAGCGCACUUUCGAAUGGGAAUCAGGUCGAAUUGACGAGGAGAGGGGCAUAACGAGAAUCUGUCUGAUUCUGAAUAAUUGAAAAUGGCGAGGGACAUUUCGAGCCGCAAAAAGAAUUUCUGAUGAAUAAUUGAGAAGAGAGCACUCCCACCCCCUUACCAUGAUGAUGUGUUUUUGUUGUGGAUUCGUUUCUCUCUCUUUCUAAAGAAGGGCAUCUCUUUCUGGAUGUGUCUGUGUCCAAUUAGAAGGAGAUGGGAGCAGAAAAAGAUGAAUGACCGGCUGCCAAAGAGAAUACUGAAAAACAUGUCAACAAGGUUGUAUGAAAAUUCAGAGGGACCGCCGGGCGAAACUGGGAAAAAAACAAGAGAUCGUUUUGAGAAUCCAAUGAUUACCAAUCUCGUGCAGAUUAGCUUUUUCAUCUACUCUAAUCUAGAACCAAGCCCUGAUCUUCUUUCUCGUAGAGUCCUAGUGUAAACUAAUUUAUUCGGAUUUUUUCUGAAAAGUUUCCAGCCACUGAGCAAAUGACCGAACGCGCAUGGCAACAUUCAGUGAGAGAAAGCAGGAAAAGACACUGAUAAGAAUGCACUUUUUUUGUGUACUCUCUUGUUGAUAGACGGAAACUUUCGAGGAUAGUUCUGGUGAACGCAGUGACUGAGAGAAAUAUGAAGCAAACAGUUUUUUUCUGUCGCACGAUCGGAAAAAAGAGUAGAGAGGCAACCUGGGGCAGCCAGACAGGCAGACCGUUCUCUGUCCGUCACCCACAGCCCGUUUUUUGGUUCUUGCUUUUUUUAUAGCUUGUGCCCAAGUUAUUUUCAUGGAAUCGGGGGUUUUCCGACGGAUAUCUUGCUUUUCUUUUCGGGCUGUUUGCCACGACUCUAAUGAAAAGCCAACCGUGAGAAGAAGUAGGGAGAGGGAGAGAAUACAUGAAGGAUUUUGUGAAGAACUUCAAAAAAACCUUAAAUUAAAGAUGGUGCACUUUCAAAUGCCGCCUAGCAUAGGGGUUAACCUAUUGAAAACAAGAUGUAGAUGGCGAUAUGUUUCCUCUGUAAUGUCCCAUUGCAUUUUGUUGUCCCGCCGUCCUCUUUUUCCUCUCCUCUCACCUCCCGAACCGAUUGCCGCCGCCGUCCGACGCACGCACGUUUUCCGUUGAUGAUCCUCUUGCCUUGUGCAAUCGCCCCGGGCGGAAAGUAGUAUUUGCAUGUAUCACACGAUGAUUCGGUCGCUUUCGCCGAAAAAAGUCUUCUCAAUGAAACUAAUCCACUCCCAAAACGGAAGAUGCACUUUUUGGCGGCGCGGAGCUCAAGUUGCAGAGUUUCUUUCGUAAACACCAUCGCCGUAAACACCAUUGCUUCGCUUUAUCAUGAUUCGGCGGUGUUUGGCUCCUUUUUCUCUGUCAUCAAGCAAUUGGAACCUCCGACCUCGUGUUUGUUUCCAUUUUUAGUGUUGCCUUCUCUUUCGCCACGUUCUGAAAGAAAACAAACGGUGGGAGACUGUAUCUCGCGUAGUUCCUGAAUAUUAGAAUAUUCCCACGACAUUUAAAACCGUUUUGUUUUUCUUUUCAGAACGAAGACGACAGCUCGAUCGAAGCGAACAGUGAUAUUCUGAAAAAUACGUCUCGCGUUGACUCAUCGGAAGAGGAAGAAGAGGAGAACGACGUUGCCGCCGGAGGAGACAGUGGAGUCAUUGUCCUUGACGAGAACGAGAACGACGAUCAAGAGCCGACGGAGGAGACGGUGAGUAUUAAGCAAUUCUGAGCCGAGAAACCUUCGGAAUCUCUUCUUUUUCUCAUUCUUAGAGUUGCUAUGCGAAAUUUAUGUUCCCCUUCCCGCUCUCCGAGCGUUGUUCUCUCCUCCUCCGCCGAUGGCCAUAGUUUUAUUGGUCGAGUCUGCUCGCUCCCCACAAACAAAAAUGAUUUUCUGUUCAAACUCUUCCACUUUUCAGGAAGUCGAAAUUUUGUCUCCUCGUCAGAAGCCGAAGGAAGUGGAGAUCAGCCGAGCCGCCGACGUGAUUCAGGUGCAAAAAAAGGAAGAACCAGUAGAAGAGCAGUUUGUGAAAAAGGAAGAAGCCAAAUUGAAGGUGCGUUUUGUAGAGUUGAUGUUGGAGAAUAGGUCCACAUUUUGGGCCAGUUUUGCACAGGAUUGUGUCCGAUUUCAUAAUCUUAAAAAUGGCGUUCUCAUACAUUUCUAUGCUUUGCCCAAUUUAUUUCCUCACAUUAUCAGCAUCAUAAACCUUAUUUUUCCAGUCUGCUCCAGUUCCGCUCAUCCAAAUGCCAUUAAAGAAAAAGGUACUCGAAAACGAACAGGUAAAAGUAUAUUAGUCGUUCGUUUCACUCACCUGACCAUAUUCAUUUUCAGAUACCAGAGGAACCAACUCCGACGAAAGUGCUCGAUACUCCGCUCAGCCUCGAUAUAACCGCACAAAUGUCCCCGGCCGCUUUCUCGUGGAGCGAAGAAAUGGAGAAGAGCUACAAUGAAGAGGACUACCGAUUGAACGAGUUCAGCGACGUUGACCGAUCUCCUGCCUCGCCGACCAGACCGAUUCAGUCCAACAAGAAGAGCCAGCAGAAGAGCAGGAAAGGAAAAGUGGGAAGCGGCGCCAAGGAUCACUACAGCCAUCAUCAAGCGCAGCAACAGCCGAAACAGAGUAACGGUCCAGCGAAAAAAGGACAACGAAGACUGACGAGGGAGAAGAGUUCCGACGAACCACAGCAGCAACAAAAGCAGCAGGAGAAUCACAAGCAAAAGAGAGUUGGUAAGUGAAUUUAUCUUCCGUGAGUUUUAUAUUCAAAAAAUCAAUCUUCAGUUCUCUCCCUCGAUGCCUCUGGAGAUGUGCACCACGAUCAAACCAUCGAACAUCCGGAAGAGGACUAUGACAAGAGCGACUCGCCCGGAUUGGACAGCCAGAACAGCGAGGUACGCUACGUUUUCAUUUUCAUUCGCCUCUUUUAUCUCUCACGGACCACUGUUUUUAUUUCCCUUUCUCGACACGUCGUAAAGACAUAAUGAUGAUCGUGUCUUCUCGCGUGUUUCUUCCUCUGUUUCACGGCGAUCUCGCCCAUAAACUGUUUCGAAAAACGGAUGGCCUUGUCCGGUCAAGAUGAUCGAGAAGAGGAAUACGUUGAAAAGCGAAUCGACGUCAAUGGCCAACUGAUCGGACUGAUAUCUCUUCUACGCUCCCUUCCAAAGGACAGACAAACGAUUUGUCGAAUGAUUGCCAUACAUCAGAUCAGACGGAAGAAACGGCUGAUUUCGUGACGAUUUGAGAGAAUUAGGAUUGAACAGACGAAACGAACAACCGAUCUUGCUUCUGGAACUUGGAAUUCUUCCCCUCCGUAGACCCUUUUCUCUAUUUUUCUCUUUCCUGUCACAUCCCACAAAUGCUUCCUCCGCAGAACUUCAUUAAUCGUGAGCUCUCUCCAACUGCGUGGCUAGCUGUUGCAAAUUUGACGGUCGAGUAGGUGUCUGCCCUGUCUGUGUUGCAAAAAUGGAAAGUGAUGAAUCAGGGCGCGGCGGCAUCGUUUGCUUGCAACGACUCGGUCCCCUUCGGCACAGUGCGCUGUCCUUUGGCGUGUCACCUCGCCGCCACCGUCGUCUUUUGCCGUCUUGCUUCGUCCGACAAGCGCACGCCCCUCGCAGACGGUGUUGCGAGACUGCCGCCAGACAAUGGCAAGUGCAAAUCGUAUUGUAAAACUGUCAGAGGGUCGAAUGAAUGUUGCGAAGGCUAAGAGCGAGCGAGGGAUGGAGGGGGGAUAGAAAGUGCGCAUGACCCGAGCAGGACACCUUCCGCUGUAACAUAUGACCAGGAGACACACGGAAUCGUUGUGAUCAACACAUUCAUCUCGUUCCGAAAUCUUUAUGGCUUUUCCCUCGUCAUCGAGUCUAGACUCAUCUUUCCGUGUGAUGUCCAUCUUUUCCCGUCAGAGACCGUUUUCCUUUUGUUGCGAUUCUAAUUCAACACGGUGGUAUGUAAAUGAGAAAGAAGGUUUUUAUGAGGCGGCCACCCACGAAGAAGACGAAGAUCGAAAGAAGUUGUCGUCUGGGUUGAAUUGAGAACGACCCCAACACAAUACGAGAGUAUUUCUCAUGGUAACAUGUUUUCAAAGAGACGAAGAGACCACCUCCCGGUGCGGUCUGUUCUUUCUGUUCAUUUCUCUCAAAUGGCUCUUUGUUCUGCGGCGCUAAGCAUUAGAAGAAGAAGAAGACGAAACUUUUCGAAAAUCAGGCAGCAUGUUAUCGUGGAGCGAAGGGCCCAUGUGCUGAAGAGACGGAAACGGACAGACGGCAGGGAAGAAGAAAGAGUCGCAACACAUUGUAUAGGAUCAGUUUCGAUGCGUCGAUUGAACCAAUUUAUAAACUUUCUCAUAAAAGAGGCACCACGUCACAUGGCGUCUAGAGACAAGCGCCUGGAGCGGGGAAAUUCGCCGGCGAAUCAAAGAUUGGAAAAGAGUGAAGGAUCGCCUGUUUGACACUUUCCCUUCACCGAUACAGGUGUUUUUAUUUCCGUCGCGUGGUCGAGAGAAGGCCGGCGAAGUACUGCCUUUUGUGGUCUCUGGAAAAAUUCCCUUCCAGCCGACAGGGUCACUGCGCGCGAACCCUUCGUCUUCCCCCUCCAUGCGCUCCCUUAUCUAUAUGCUCCAGACAAUCAUCCGGUUGACAAACAAGAACUGAAGACUAUGAUAUAGGGGGGCCGAUUGAACUGCUGUCGUGGCUGUGCGAGUUUCUCCCCUCACUUCCGCCGCCGUCGAUUGCCAGUAUUUUUUCGCUCGGCUACUGUUUGCCUACCAAAAAUACUUUGCCCUCCAUUUCUUGCGUUCUGUCGCUUUUUUCUCCCUUUGCGUAUUUCUGAGAGAGCCGAUGGUCGUACGAUUUGUUGCGUAUUCUUCGGAGAAAAAUAACUAAGGCCAGUGAAAUAUGGCAGGAGAAAGACUAGAAUGACACGAUUUUCAGCACCGUUUUUCAUUAUUGUUCAUGUGACAACUACCAUCCCUGGGUAACUAAGAGCGUGGAUUACCCUGUCUAUCAUUACCAUUUUCAUCGAUGAAAGAGUACAUUCCCAUUGAAUAAAAACGAGUUGGACAAUGGCAUUGCGGCGUUGGGGUGCAAUGAAACGUGCGACGGUGCGGAGGGCCGUUUAUUGCAAAAAUGCAAACGGAGCACGGCCAUGAUUUUUAUUGCUCAGCGCCUCACCUUUCACCCGUUGAACAGAGGGGGAGAGAGUGAAAAAGAACAGAAGAUCAGCUGAGUUGGCACGGCGCCAAACGACAAUUUCCGAUUCGAAGGACGGAUAGGAUGGCAACGUCUGUCGGGACGACCUGCCCUUCAUUUCGAUUUCAGGUCUUCCCGGCUGAUUGAGAGAGAAACUGUCAAAGUUUGUACUCUACGCUUUAAGUUCUUCACAAUGCCAAAUACUUUUUCCUCCUUUUUCGUCUAUGCCCGUCUCCAUUGGAAUCUUUCUGACCCAUUCAAAUUUGCCCUUUUCGUUUUGUUGUAUGUUUACUUUACAAUGUUUCUGCAGGCGCCCCCAGUCUGGCGAUGCAGUUGUCUGUGACCUGCAAAAAAAAAAAACGAAAACAAUGUUCUGAUCUUUUGGACCGCUUUCUAAACAUGGCCCCCUUGUUACCCAUCGACUAGACUUCCACCCGUUUCCCCCACGCGAUGCAACCCGCUCAAUCAUUUGGCGGUAAUUGAGAAUGCAACUGAUAAGGGCCUGUGUGCAGUCAUUGUCUCCAUCGUGCUUUCUUCGUCGUCUACUGAUAACUCUGAAUGUUGCCAUUUUUGAGUGAUAGAGUGUGUGGGCCGAAGAGACGAAGCAGCAGCGGCUCCGCCCCGACCCGGGAAGACAGUCUUUUAUUCGUGUUUUGUCUCCCUCUCUCUCUCUCCCACUCAUUUCCCGUCUCCAUCUGAUAUAGAGCUGAUUACAAUGUCACGGAGGAGGGACGAUUGAUAAGAAACUCUCUAAAAUGUUGCAUUUUGAGGACAAAAGUGCAGUUUCUAUGAUAAUUUGGUGCCGGUCGAUUAAUUUUCCACCGGGUUACGGUCGACAAAGUCCGCAAUGUGCACUGCACACUUUGUCGGCGACAGUAGUCUUUCCGAAACUUGGGUCGAAUUUCGCAAGCCCAAACUUGUAAUUUUUUCAUCAUUCCCUCGCUGUGAGACGCUAUUUAGCAGACUAACGACCUCGAAAAAAUUUCCAAUAAUUUUUCGCAAUUUCGAUGCCCUCCGUUCUACUGAUUUUUUCGUAUAAUUUCGAAGAAACCGUAUCGUCGCCGGCUCAUCAUCAAGGGUCUCGAAACUUUCGACCAGAGUUAAGCAGAAUUCCGCCUUCCGUUUUCCGCUUUCCGCCUUCCACCAAAAAAUUUUUCAUUCCGCCUCCGCUUUUUAGAAAAAUCGAUUCCGGUCUACUCUGCUUCCGACUACUCUCGAUUGUUUGCACUUUUUCUAUCCCUUUGCUGACUUUUAUCAUAUCUUUUCCGUGUUGCAAACCGUUUCGCCGAUCCCUCGCCACCUUGUGUCGCGCUAAUUUUUUUGUCGGCGGAGGGCAAGUGUAGACACUCACGUACUUUUUUUUCAAAAUUUUGUCAGCUGUCUUUGACCGCACACACGCAAAAAUGCUGCCUUCUCCUACUCGCCCUCCGACUCCUCGUAUGAUUCUGCAGUUGCCCUCCGAUUCUCUCGCCGCCCGCGCGCACCUACCCUCUCCGCGUCUUCUAUCUGCGACCACGAUCAGACUCCGCCCACUCGGGCCCGAAGUGUAUGCCCGCCUGCGCAUCCUAAUAAUUUUGCCUGUGGGGUGAACCUAUUGGUGGACUCGUCAUUCUAUUCGGCGCUCUUGCCCCAUCACCCUUUUAAUCACCUCAUACUCCAACCUUCUUCGACCGAAUCCCAUUCGGUCUUAUUCCUCCGGUGAUCCUCCUUAGCUUGUUCGUGGCUCUUGCCUCUCGUCAUAUUCAUACUCAUUUCUCUACUAUUUGGACUGCUUUAUCAUUCAGGGCACGCCCUCUUUUAUUCGUGGUUCACCAAACGUAAUCUUCUCGCUUCUGUGAGAUCAACGUGACCACGUACAUCCUCUACAACAAGCUACUCGACUUCCCCGCUCACCCCACGAUUUCACACACUACAUGCUGACAUCGGCUCCAAUACUCGUGCAUCCGACAAAACUACCCACUCAUCUACCGCCCCCACCAAUUCUCAUAACUGCCGAAGGAACACUUCUCUUCCCGCCAGGAUUCCUCCCGCCGCCAUUUCCAGCUGUCAGUGACGAAGAGGAACUUCACGAGCUAACCGGAGGAAGCACAUCUCCCGAUCUGAGCGAAUCUCUCAUAUUUUCGAGCUCAUCUAGCGAAGCAUCAGGACCAUCAGCACCCAUCGAGAGUUUUUCAUUAGGCAACGUCACAUUGAACCUGUUGCCGUUGACUGGAGACGAAGACGAAGAAUUCCGAAUGUACGCAAGAGCUCAAGGCGAAGUGAAAGCACGGAGAUAUCGACGAAACUCAACCAGCUCUUCAGCUUACAGCUACAGUUUACCGAUAUCGCCCAACUCAGAAAUAUUCUUCGACACGGUAUAGUUUUGGGUACCCAGGGAGAGAAAAGGGAAACUUUGGUCCGUGAGAUGUCCCCUUCUAACAUUUUCAGCACCCUUCAUUUUUUAUAGAGAAAUAUCCUUAAUUUAGGCUUUGCAGGCUUCCUCGCAAGACUCAGGACGUGCCACUGGUGGACUCGCAUCUUCCUUGUCUCCAGUAGACGAAGGACUUACCGGAACCGACGAUGACUUCCUGCCAAUGUACGAGUUCGAGAUUCCAAACAGCCUCGUAGGACUGAUCAUUGGUGUCAAAGGAAAGACGAUCAAGGUGAGAUCCACUUUAGAAGCGCUGUUGCACAAUACACUUCAUUAUACAGGAACUCAGCACGCGCACGAAUGUCCGAAUGCUAAUUCGCCAACAUCAUGGACCAGAGAAGUCGAAGACGCACCAGAUAUGCCAGGUACGAAUCAGAGGAUAAAAGAGAUGGUAUCUGAUCGGCUUUCGUUGUUCAGGUCCGAGGAAAGCGGGACGAGAUCAAUCACUGUCUCCAAAUGCUCCGCCGUCGAUUCCCGGGAGAACGCUUCCCCGAUCUGAACCUGCAGCCGGUUGUUCCACCAAUCAUGCCGAACAACAACUUUGACAUGCUUUCCACUCAGCCAUCUUGGGUGAGUGCAAAUAGUUCCAAUUAGGAACCUUAUCAUACAAAUCUGUUAUCACUAUCAUAUGUUCCUUCCUAUCCAGUCGUAAACUAUUCAUGAUUGCAGCUCACGCUUCCCGAUGACAUCAAGUGCGAAGUCGCCGUUUCUUCCAUCAUUUCGCCGUCGCACUUCUUCAUUCAACAGCCGACCCAUCCAUCGUUCGCCUCAUUGCGUCAUCUUGACUUGUACAUGGGCAGUCUGUACGGAGAACACUCGAACUUGCCAGAACUGCCAGUUCCAUGUCAAAGUGAGUGGUGUUUUGAUGGUCUUUGCGAUGAGGCAGUGUGUGUGCGAGCUAGUCACUGGGUAAUAAUUUACAAUUUUGGGUUUUGCAGCUAUUGUCAGAUAGUUUUUUGUCUCUCUUAUCUAGCGCUGGUUUGUUGCAAAUGGGACGACGAUUAGUGUGAGAUGGUAAUUAAUCAAGAGUGCGAAGCGUGAAGGUGGAAGUUGUUGGAAAUAGAAACUAGACAACGGAGGAGACGCAGAAACGGCUAUCGAGCGUUUCGAUCAGUCGGCACUUGCUGAUGAUGCGAUUUUUCGAUCUGGAUGAUUUUGAAAAGAGUAGAAAACGGAGGAGUGAAAGGGAGAAGAUUGAUGAUCAGAAACAUCCUUCUCUCUUUCUGCGUCAGUUGUCUCGUUUGCACUUUUGACGACGACCAGUCUGAAAUGCACUUGACUGAUUAGCUCACCUCUUUAUCUCUCAUUGGCUGCCCUUCGAACUGGUUGGCGACCGGUCUGACGGAUGGACGGAGAGGAAGGGAUGUCGUGUACGCGUCUUUAGAAAUAAAAUAGAUCUGUGGUAGCGAUAGGGGAAGGCAGGUUGUUUUAGGACGAGAUAACAAGAAGAGAAUACUCAGAGAUUAUGAAAACAUUAGGUAUUCGUCACAGAAACUGAAAUAACUUUCAGAUGGACUUUUGUGUGCCGCUCCCGUCGGAAACAUGUGGUUCCGUGCCGUCACUGUCAGAUACCACGACGACAUCGAUGAGGUUCUCGUGAAAUUCGUCGACUACGGAGGUUACUCGCAAGUCGCCAGACAGAUGCUCAGACAGAUCAGAACGGACCUGAUGUCUCUGCCGUUCCAAGCCACCGAAGUGAUGCUCGCCAAUGUGCGUCCGGUCGAUGGAACCAACAACUGGAGCGAUGCGGCCAUGAAGAGAUUCACUGAGCUGUGUACCGGAAAAGUGAUCAACGUGAAGGCGGUUGGCAUCUCGCUCGACACUCGUAUAACGAUGGUUGAGUUGUACUUGGAUAUGAAGGACAACGAUGGCAUUCAAUACGUGAGUGGACUAUCUUUUCACCACUUUUCAUUCAUCUUUGAUUUUCAGGAAGCCCGUUUUGACCAUGUUCUUAUGGAAGAAGGAUUCGCGAGAACUGCCGAUCCGUCGAAGAUGAUCCGAUCGUCGCACUCGUUGGUGAACGGAUCCAGUGCCACAAAACGCCCGUCGUUGGCAUCGCAGACUUCUCAAACGACUGUUGUUUGCUAA